CGCCAGCGUUGGUAGUUUGCGCAGAAUCGCCGGUGACCGGCGUCUUGGUACGCGUCGGUCGCGCGCCGACAGUCGUGAAUCGCGCGGCGCCGGUGUCGGUUCGCCGUUUUCGUAAUUCUCGGUUUCGCAGUUCUUCAUUCCUCCCUCGAAAACCUUGUAAUCGGUAGGCCCGGGACUCCUGCGGCGACCGAGCUAGUGAAGUGAAGAAAAAGAGGACCAGGCCAGCCAGCGAGGAGCCGAGAACACUCGCGGAACGAAAACAGACCAGUUUCCGUGUGCGACCCUUAAAUGGCCCGGGCAUGUUCGCCGGUCCUUCCCGGAUUCUUUCAAUUCAGCCUGGACCAGCCGCCAAUGAUGUAACCGGUCGGGGAGGCUAGCUGGAAGCAGUUGGUUGUUCGGCCUGCGAAAAGAUGCACUCUGCUCGGGAGGGUGUCUUCUGAUGGGGUAUCGGAGCGAUCAGUGAUCAGCAUGGACGAGUCAGCGACGACGUCCUCUAGCAGCGGCUACCCCGGGGCCCAGGACUACCUGCAGGACUAUGGCUGGUGGUACAACGGCACUGGCUCCCAGGACGACGACUUCUCGAAGGGCGCCCCUAAUCAGCUGAACAGCCAGGUCAGGAGGGACCCGCUCUACAUCGUGGUGCCCGUGAUCCUGAUCUACGUGACCAUCUUCGUGACCGGCACCAUCGGGAACAUCAGCACGUGCAUCGUGAUCGCACGCAACAAGUUGAUGCACACGGCGACCAACUACUACCUGUUCAGUCUGGCGGUGUCGGACCUGUUGCUGCUGGUCUCUGGCCUGCCGCCGGAGAUCUACAUGGUCUGGUGCAAGUAUCCGUACAUAUUCGGCGAGGUGUUCUGCAUUUUACGGGGCCUGGCGGGCGAGACGUCCGCGAACGCGUCGGUGUUGACCAUCACCGCGUUCACCGUCGAGAGGUACGUGGCAAUUUGUCACCCUUUCUUCGCGCAGACCAUGUCCAAGCUCUCCAGGGCGGUCAAGCUGAUCCUUGUCAUCUGGCUGGUCGCUCUCUGCUUCGCCCUGCCCAUGGCCCUGCAGUUCGGCGUCGUGCAGCUCGAUCACGACCCUACCAUCGUCAGCUGCACCAUGAAGAAGGUCAUUGUACAGCACUCGUUCGAACUUUCCACGUUCCUGUUCUUCGUCGUGCCCAUGAGCCUUAUCACCGUGCUCUAUGUGCUGAUCGGGCUGAAGCUGAGGAAAUCGAACAUGAUGAAGAGGAGCCACGGCAGUGGAGAGGGUGGCAGCUGCAGGAGCAACCCUGGAAAAUCGUCUAGGAGGGUGCUGAAAAUGCUCGUUGCAGUCGUGAUAGCAUUUUUCAUCUGCUGGGCACCGUUCCACGUACAACGGCUGAUCGCUGUUUAUGGAACAGAACCGGACCACAUAACGUCGAACAGCAAAGGAAUGGCAAAUCUCUAUCUUUUGAUGACCUACACGUCCGGUGUUCUUUAUUAUAUGUCCACGACGAUUAACCCGAUUCUGUACAACAUCAUGUCGAACAAGUUUCGAGCGGCUUUCAUGGAAACGCUGUCGAGGAGUUGUAGGAUCCCAGGCCUAGCGAUUCGUAACGAGCAGAGGUCCUACUCCAGCCUGUCCAGGUCGCAGCAACGGGCUCCGGGCGCUUAUGGUUCGCGAACAGUGGGCACAGCGGGGACAGUGACAGCGAUUCACGAGAGCACCGAGUGUUCCGGAAACUCUGUAAAAGAAGACAGCCCGAAGCAAACCACGUCUCUGAUCGAACGCGGCGCAAUGGACUCGCCAAACGUGGUCGACAACUUCGAGGCGAAGAACAAAAGCCAGGAGAUCGGAACUCUUGAUAGCUUGGUGAAAGGGGACCGAAGGAUCGACAGAUCGAUCAGGUACCAGAAAAACGGCGGGCCCGUGUCAGCCAAAUACACCACGGUGAAAGUCUCGAACGUGGACGGUUCCGAGAAGAAAUGGUGGCGACUGCUAAAGUGGUUUCCCGGCUUGAAGUCGUUGAAGCUGGCCGGAAGAGGCACCUAUGCUGCCCCGGAAAAUCGUAUCAUGGAGAACGCCGGCCUCCGCAAAGAGGAAUUCUCGAUGACCAUGUGGAGCAUGAACGAGGAGAACGAGCAGAGGCCGGUUUGAAGCUCGAGAACAACGAAGCAGUUACCAGUGAACAGCAGAGUGGUCCUUAGCCGUAAAAGGGUCUUACCCCUCCAAAUUAUGGCACUUACUUCUCUUGUUAGAGAAGAUAUAACGUUGGCAAACAUUGGAGGCAAUCGGACAAUGACAAUCACGUCGCAUUUGCAUGAAAUUUUCAACAUUUAAAUGAUUUUAUUAUAUUUUCGAACAUAAUUGUCUUCCCUGUAGUCGGUCUUCGAAGCCUCGGAGUAGGUUCGUUUCAGGUUUUAGAUGCAUACUUUAGAUUUAUUAACUUAUUUACCUUACUAACUACAUGUACUGGAUGUACGUGUGACUAGAUACGUAAGUUACAUUCCUUAAAGUCUUACAGGAAUGUAAAGGUGCGAAGACACGGCCUGAUGUUGUAACAUCAUUUUCUGCAUAUUUUCAAUGAAUCUCGAUCUUCGCGAGUCGUAGAGCUUAGUUACAUUACCAUGCUACGUGAUUUAUACCUCUUCGCUUCCUUGGUUUCACUUACAGUUCGGGUGUGUUGCUCAUGAAUCAUAAGUUAGGAUAUUAAAGCGUGCCGAGUUAUAAUGUUCGGCUCUGAUUCGAUUCGUUGUAAUAAUAAAUUCUCAGUUUUUCGGCGUGAUUUUGAGGCGUCGCACGGUGUAACAACUAUAUGGAUGUUCGCAACAAAAUUCAUAACUUCUAAACUAAUUCAUUUUUCACCUAAGACCCCUAAUAUUGCUUUAAAAAAACACAAUUUUACUAAUAAAAAAUUACGAUGAUCUUAAUUUUAUUAUUAAAUAAAAAGUUGUAUACUUAUUUUUCGAUCGCAAUUUAUUAUUAUAAAAUUACUGAUUAACAUUUCUUUAAAAAACUUUUUUAUCAGUUUAUCGGAAAUUCGUCUUAGUAAUGGUUUCGACUAUUUUCUCCAUUUUGAGCAACUUCGAGCAGCUGAAUUUAACGUGAAUACGAAGUUUAAUAUGCUUCGAAUUAAUGUGCAAAAAAUCUCAGAGGUACUUUUUGGUACAUUUUUUAAAACCCAAGUUAAAGUCGAUAAACAUUUAACACACAAAAUUGGAACAAAUUGUUAAUAUUGUAAAAAAAAUUGUUCUGCAGCUUGGAAGGUCUUAUAAUAUUGAACAUAAUUUAUAAAAAUCAGAUUAAUCGGAUAAACAUUCGACGAGUAGCACGUUUUAAAAAAAGAAUGCACUGAAAAUUGGAGUAAAUUUCAAGCAUCGUUUUUGACAAGAAACUGAAAAAUUCAGUAAAAGUUGUGGGCAGUACUAACUUCAGUUUUUUUUACUUUUGUCAAUGUCAUAUAACACUGUGCGUCGUCCCUAUAAUAGUGUUGAAAGUAUUUUUCCCUUUAAUAAUGGCCUUACAAUUUAUCAUAUCUCCCGCGUUUCAAAUUCAGUUUAUUUUUCUUUGUCAUAUUUUGCAUUGUACAUUGCAUUUAAUGGUGAAUCCUUAAAGACUUUUUAUAUAUUUUUAGAAGUAACACAUAAAGCUCAUCAUUAUACAUCUAAUAAUAAAACACUGUCUUUUAGUCAGAAACCUUCAAUAAUAUUUCUAAAAUAACGAAAUACAAUUA